AUGCAGAUAUACAUCUUGGCACAAGGAGAAGGUGUCUGGAACGCUAUAGAAAACGAAUGGAAAACUCCAGUUGAUGAUAAAGGAAAUAGAAAACCUAAAAUUGACUGGAGUGAUGAAGAAAAAACAGAAUAUGACUUCAACUCGAAGGCAAUUAAUGCAAUCUAUGGAGCUAUGAUACAGACAAAGUUUGAAAAUUUGAAAAUGGAAGAAGAAGAAAAUAUCACACAAUUUAACGCCAGAGUUUUAAGCAUCUCUGGAGACGCAUUCAAUCUAGGCGAACCUAUACCCGAACAUAGGAUCGUAAAAAAGAUACUACGUUCCCUACCUGGAAGAUUCCUGAUAAAAGUUACAGCAAUUCAAGAGAAAAAAGAUUUGAAUACCUACAAACUUAGUGAUCUAAUGGGAAACCUUCAAACCUAUGAGCUUGAGAUGUUACAGAACCAGAAAAAUAAUGGCAAAGGAAUAACAUUACAAUCUAAACAAGAAGAGAGCUCAGAAACUGAUACUGAAACCAUGGAACAGUCAAUCGCGCUAUUGACAAAGAAUUUCAACCGAGUUCUCAAAAAAUUCAACAAAUUCAGAAAUAAAAACUUCUCAAAUGGCCAAGGAAAUUCCACAGUCAAUCAAAAAUCAUCAGGUACAAAAAGAAAGGACAGUUCAAAUACAGAAGGAAUACAAUGCUACGAGUGCAAAGGGUUUGGACACAUCCAAUUAGAAUGUGCCACAUACCUUAAAAGAAAGAACAAGACAUACAUAACAACAUUAAGUGAUGACUCAGACAGUGAAGAAGACAUCAACACCUACUUCGUAGCUUUCACCGCAAACCAUGAAAAUAAAAACGGCGAGGAUAUACAAGAAUUAUUAGAGGCAUAUACUCAACUAAAUGCCAAAUGGGAACAAAUCAUCAAAGUAAAUCUAGAACUCAUGGAAGAAAAUCAGUUUCUAAAAGAUGAGAAAGAUAUGGGAGAAAAAUGA